AUGUUGACAAAAACCACGAAACUGGCCCUGGGCCAGCAUACGGCGGGCAUAUACGCGGAUAUGUCCAUCGAUGGGCCGGAGAUAGGCACCCUCGUCGCCAUCAUUGACCGCGCGAAGAACCUGCCAAACAGGAAGACGAUGGGGAAGCAGAAUCCGUACUGUGCCGCGCGGCUGGGGAAAGAGGCGAAGAAGACCGACACCGAUAUGAGAGGCGGGCAGACACCAAAGUGGGACCAAGAGCUACGAUUCACCGUUCACUCAUCGCCGGAUUACUACCAACUGAAGCUCUCCGUCUUCAACGACGAUAAGAAAACAGACCUUAUCGGAGAAACAUGGGUCGAUCUGAAGAAUGUCAUCGUACCAGGCGGCGGGCAGAAUGAUCUGUGGCACAACUUACAGUGUAAGGGGAAGUAUGCAGGCGAAUUGAGAAUGGAGCUGACGUACUACGACACCCGACCCAAAGAUGAGGCGGUUAUUGAACGCAGAAAGGAGGCUGCUGCCGCAGAGAAGGCUGAGAGAAAGGGCACCGUUGUUCCGGAUACCCCUCAGCCAACUUCGAGAAAAACCAAGGGCCCAAGGAGGAGGCCGUUGCCAGUUGAUCCUACCGGUUCAUCGUCCUCCUCCGCUCGUCAGUCGCAGCAGCCACCAAAGCAGCCCGCACAGCCAGUUCAGGCUCCCCCUGAGCUCAAUGCUCCGACCAGACCUCAACAAAUACCUAGCAAGGCCCCGCAUGCUAGCCAGGCCCAACCGGCAACCGCUCAACAUGCCCCAGUCCCGAAAUCUGCUAGACGGUAUGAGACGCCAGAUGACCUACAUAAACAAUGGGAGGAACCGGCUCCGACCCAGCCUCAGAUUACCUAUCCUUCCCACCAUCCUCACCAACCGCAACAGCCGUACCAGGGUGAUUAUGAGAACGCGUACAACCAACAGCCGUCACACCCAGAGCACCAUGAUCAACAACAUCAAGUGGACAAUCGUUACGCUUCCCAGGAGCCCGUUGCUCAUCAAAAUCAUCACAACCCGCAGAUGGAUAAUCACUAUUCCCAGGAGCCUGUUCAUCGCCCACAACAGCAGCUAAUUGAUAAUCAUUAUUCCCAGGAACCUACUCAUCGCCCUCAACAGCAGCAAAUAUUAGAUAAUCAUUACUCCCAGGAACCUGCUCAUCGUCCACAACAGCAGCAAAUAAUAGAUAAUCAUUACGUCAACGACCCUGGUGUUCACCACAGCCAACAACAGCAAACGGAUAACCAUUACUCCCAAGCUCUGGUCGCUGUCAAUUACCCUCGAAACUCAUACGAGACACCACCAAGAAAGGCCCCCCGCCAGUCUGUUGGCUCAGACUCCCGACACAGUGGCCAGUACUCAUACCCACCUGUUUCGAGAGGAUCUCCCUAUGGCACUCCAGAUGCGUACAACCGUCACGCCUCUCCUGAAACAAAUCAGCUUCAGCUCACUCACAGCCCAUCCAACCACCCAGGAGCGCAUCACCACUACAACCCCUCUAUGAGCAGAAAGGAUGUGUUCCAAGAGAGUCCACUGAGGAAUACUAUGAAACAGUUGGACUAUCACCGCCCUGUCAGUAGCCACAGCCACAGCCACAGUAUGAGCCAUGGACACGGUCAUAUGCAGCCGCAGGUUCAUGAAGCAGACGAAGAGCACGAUCUUCCGCCCCCACCGCCAAUUCAUCGUGAUGGCCUUGGAAAGCAGCCGCCUCCACCAGCGCAACCAGAACCGGAGCCGGCGCCGGUAAUGGAUCUCCAGCUUAUGCAUCGCUCGCAGCCCAUCCCAAUGCCCCAGCCGCUCAACCUUAGCGGGUCUAGAAAUUCCCACCGAUCCACUGGAGAAAUUCACCAGGACUAUGUUGCUUAUUCUCCAAAUCACGCCGCUCGGGGAUACAGUGCUCCACCAAACCCAAAUGAACAAAUAUAUUCCACCUCGCCUACCCCAUCGUAUCAUUCUUCUGUUCAACCACAGGAACCGGUGCAGGCACCAGAACAACCAACCACGUCCACUGGUGAAUCAAUUCCAUCAGCUCUCAUUGCCGGGUAUGAUCACCAGGAUGUUCAACCGGAUCUCAGCCUUGUUCGUCGGGGAAGUGGCAUUUCAAUGCACCUGAAUCAUGUCGAGGAGCCCCCAGCCCAGGUAAUACCCGACAACAGAAUUGCCAGACGCCAAAGCUAUGUUCCACCUCAGCCAACGCGUGCCUCGCCCUCUCCUAUACUAGAGCGGAAAUCCGUCUCACCCGACCCCCGACAAGUCCCUGCUCGUAAAUCCGUUAGUCCACAUCCGCGCCCGGUUGCCGACCCAGACUCCUUAUCAGGAAUUCCGUUUGGUCCAGACUCUUACGACUCACUGAAUCCCACUGCUGCUCUAUCUUCAGCCGCGCUUCAACCUUCUUCUCCUUAUGAAACCCCAGCAGAAGCCAUGGAAGCAGCCCGCCAGCAUGAGGUCGAAAAGCUACGGGGUCUAGGGCCCAUAAUAGGCAAUGACGGACGGGUGAUUGAUCCAUCUGAUCAUCUCCCACUAGACACCUGGGCGCCGGAGCCGGAGCGUAAGACCAAAAAGCCGGAGGUCGUGGUUCGGUUCAAACACACGUCACACACGAAUACGGUAGGGCCUCGAGUGACAGCGCGCGAUCGAUCACGUACCUCAAUUAGUUCGGCGCGUCACUCAUACCAGCCCUCAUCUUCGCAGUCGAACAACAGCACUCCUCCGGCCCGACCUCCAAAACGGAUCACGUACAUCCCCUCAUCAUCUAGCCCUAGCAGCGGGAGCACAACCACCGCCACUAGCAUAUUAGAUCGUCCAUCCUCUUCAUCCCGUCAAACUGGAAGCAACGCACUUCGCGAGCGAGAGAAUUUCUCAUCGAGUUACUCCCCGCCCGCAAACAUUAUGACACCUCCUCACUACCGGGCACGGCAGGCUCAAGCCCAGGCUCAGGCUCGAACCCACGGACGUUCCCCGUCUCCCUCCCCAUCAACUCGUCCUCUUCACUCGCAUUCAUCUUCACAUUCUGGUAUAUCAAAGUACUACCAGAAGAGCGGCCCACCUAUACCCGCGAAAGUCCCUAUCCAUCCCGGCUCGCAGAAUUAUCCUUCUGACAUCUACUCCGGCGCUGGGGGCCGUGCAGGAGGAGAUCUGGACGCCUUAAGCGAAGAGAUGAAGAGAAUCGAUAUUGGGCUUGGGAAGAGCUCACCCGGCGCAGUAGUGAGGAAAUCACGACAGUCUUACGUCGAGAAUUAUGAUUAUGAACAGUAA